GUGGUUGGAGGACUAGAAAAGCGCGUUACACGUACACUCCAUUUACCAUUUACCAUUCCCUCCUUCCUUCAACAGAGUGUAAUGCAACGCUGUGCCCUGCUGCGCCGACCUGUCCUCUUGGUUACACUGUGCACAUCACUAUGGGAGCCUGCUGUUCCACUGUCACCUGCUUGGUUAAACCUAAUGUGUGCGUUUUCCAGAACAAUGAAUAUCAGGUUGGAGACCUGGUGAUCAUGAAGCCAUGCGAAACAUGCAGUUGUAGUGAACAAACAGAUCCAAGCACCCAAUUCCACAUAAUAGAGUGUGUGCCAACACCAUGUGACACACACUGCCCUCUGGGUCAUGAGUAUCAGACCGUCGCUGGUCAGUGCUGUGGGAAGUGUGUCCAAACCAGCUGCAUCGUCACGCUGUCAAACUCCACAAACACAUUAGCGCCUGGUGCCUUUUGGACCCCUGAAGAUAAUAAUCCCUGUGUGAAGUUUGAGUGUGUGAAGAUCGAUAAUCAAUUCAUCACGGUAGAGGCCAAGAUCGUCUGUCCUCUCUACGACCCCAAAGAAUGCAUACCGGUGACUGCACACACACACACACACACACACAUUGAUAACUGCUGAUGGCAUGACCUGCAG